AAAUGAUUAACAGGUGACUAUUAUAGAUCUACCUAAAUAAGAUCUUACUAAUCCUUACACUUCACAUGUUUUAAAGAUGGGAUCUAAUAUGCAAGUGGCUGCCAAAAUCUUCUUUACUGCUUUUUGGUUAUCUUUUUUAACCUUGGCCAAAAAUCAAGUAGAAAAAGGAGCUUGUGCAGAAGCCUCUUUGCAAAAUGGGAUCAUACAAGAAAUUGACACAGGACGGAAAUAUUCUUACUCAUGUGAUAAAGGCUAUAAAGCAUUUGAUGAGAAAUGGUGGGAUGUGGUAAGCUGCACUGAAGGCCAAUGGAGUUAUGCACCACGGUGUAUACCUAAUGAUCACUGUGGUCAAAUUCCUAAUGGUCCUGCAAAGCACAAUCAAGCAAAGAAGGGAUAUGAGAAUGGGGCAACUGAGGUGGUUGGAUGCGACUCAAACCGAUGUGUUUUUAUAUGUGUCGAAGGAAAGUGGGAGAAGCAAAAUUAUCAAGCUACCAAAUGUGGUUCUCCUCCUUCUGUUGAAAACGCAGUUAUUGCUUCUUACAGUUGGGACAAUGUGAAAUAUUUGUGUCGAGAAAAAUACUCAAUAAAGGGGGGUGAUUUAAUAUACUGUAUGGACUCAGAGUGGGAAAAGCCACCAACAUGUGAAUUAGAAAAAGGAGCUUGUGCAGAAGCCUCUUUGCAAAAUGGGAUCAUACAAGAAAUUGACACAGGACGAAAUUUAUAUUCUUACUCAUGUGAUAAAGGCUAUAAAGCAUUUGAUGAGAAAUGGUGGGAUGUGGUAAGCUGCACUGAAGGCCAAUGGAGUUAUGCACCACGGUGUAUACCUUAUGAUCACUGUGGUCAAAUUCCUAAUGGUCCUGCAAAGCACAAUCAAGCAAAGAAGGGAUAUGAGAAUGGGGCAAUUGAGGUAGUUGGAUGCGACUCAAACACAUGCGUUUUUAUAUGUGUCGAAGGACAGUGGGAGAAGCGAAAAGAUCAUUCUACCAAAUGUGGUUCUCCUCCUUCUGUUGAAAACGCAGUUAUUGCUUCUUACAAUUGGGACAAUGUGAAAUAUUUGUGUCGAGAAAAAUACUCAAUAAAGGGGGGUGAUUUAAUAUACUGUACGGACUCAGAGUGGGAAAAGCCACCAACAUGUGAAUCAGAAAAAGGAACUUGUGCACAAACCUCUGUGACAAAAGGAUUCACAUUUGAACUGGACAAAGGAUUUACUUACUCAUGUGAUAAAGGCUAUAAAGCAUUUGAUCAGAAAUGGUGGGAUGUGGUAACCUGCAGUGGAAGCCAAUGGAGUUAUACACCACUGUGUAUACCUAAAAGUCAUUGUGGUCAAAUACCUAAUGGUCUUGUAAAGCAAAAUCAAUCAAAGAAAGGAUAUGAGAAUGGGGCAACUGAGGUGUUUGAAUGUGAAUCAGAGCCAUGUUGUUUUAAAUGUAACGAAGGCAAUUGGGAGGAGCAAGACUGUGAACCUACCAAAUGUGGUUCUCCUCCUCCUGUUGAAAAUGCAGUUAUUACUUCUUACAAUCAGGAAACAGUGGAAUAUGCGUGUCGAGAAAAUUACACAAUAAAGGGGGAUAAAUUAAUAUCCUGUCUGAACUCAAAGUGGGACAAAACACCAGCGUGUGAAUAAAUUGAAUUGCCCUGAAUCAACAAUCCUUGCCUGCAUACAAUGGACCAACUAUAAUAUCCAGAUGUUCAUCAUGACCAUAUCAAAAACCAUUCCCAUUAUGGCAGGAGUGCCUAUUACACCAGUUUUCAUGUAUUAAAAUUAAACCAGUUUAAUUAA